ACAAUGGUGUUUCAAAGCCAUCACGUCCUCGGCCGAGAGGCCGCUCAAAUCAUCGAAGAGCUGACGAAGGCCACCGAAGACCGCAGGUCGGAGCUUGUUCACGGGUUGAUUGAAGCUCAGUGCAAGAAGCACCCGGAACGCAUUGCCAUCCAGUUCGAGGAUACAUCGCAGCUCACUUAUGAGCAACUCAACGAGGUGGCCAAUGCCGUGGCGAGGCAACUAGUUUGCGGUCGCGGCGCAAUCAUACCAAUCCUGACCCAGAGAUCCAUCCACAUGGUCAUUGCUCUUCUGGCAGUCAUGAAGACAGGUUCCGCCUACGUACUGCUCUCUCCUGAUGCCCCGGUCUUUCGAAACCGCUUUAUUGUAGACGACGUCAAAGCCCCUUUCGUGCUGGUGGACGACACGACGCGUGGGAUCCUUGGCCAUUCCACCGAGAUCCUGGUCGAAACCAUGGUCUCCGCAGCAGCGGAGGCACCGCUGAAGCAUUUCAGGAACCUCAACCUGUACCAAAGCCCUUCAGACGUUGCUUAUGUUAUCUACACCUCGGGCACAACCGGACAACCCAAAGGCGUGCUGUUGUCUCAUUCUGCAGCCACUACGGGCAUUACUGCCAUGCCAAUUUCCAGUUUCACAGAGCCUACCCGUCAGUUGCUCUGUCAUUCUCCCAGCUUCAGUGCCGCGCAGCGCAGUAUUCUGGGCUGCCUCUGCCGCGGAAACACUUUGUGCUUGGCAAGCAAGGACAAUAUUACCGUGGGCCUUUUCGAAACCAUCCUUCGCAUGAAUAUUGGCUCCCUGGAAAUCACACCAAGCAUAUUAAGGCUGUAUGCCCCAGACAUGCUUCCGAAGAGCGUCAAAAAGAUCAUCCUCGGAGGCGAGCCAGUCGGACCUGCUAUUGUCGAAGCGUGGGCGAGCAAGGUUGAGCUUAUCAGUGCCUAUGGGCUCAGUGAAUGUACUCAGCUGAACAUGAGAUACCAUCUCACCCCCGGAAGCUCGCCUUCGCUUCUCAGCAUGCCGACCGACAGCACAACUUGCUAUGUCUUGACUCCCAACUCCAUCAGCCCUGUCCCGGCAAAUGUCCCCGGCGAGCUGUGUCUUGGGGGAAACCAGCUGGCUAAAGGAUAUCUCAACCUGGAGGCAAAGACCCUUAAAGCUUUCAUUAAGAAUCCCUUCGGGUCAGGCCGACUAUACCGCACAGGCGACAUGGUGGUAUUUCGAGACGACGGGUCGAUGGAGCUCAUCGGACGCAUUGAUCAACAGACCAAGAUCAACGGCCAGCGCGUUGAGCCAAACGAGUCUAACUUUUACAUUCAGCUCCAGCAGGGCGUCGUACAGUCGUGCGUGGUAUCAGCCGACGUGCUGGGCCGAAACGCUCUGGUUGCACUGAUUGUCUCGGACCAGAGUAAUGCCUGGCCUUCUCUCGUGCACGACAUUCGCACCGCGCUCCGCGGGCACAUUCCUUCAUACGCAAUUCCCAGUUACUGGGUCGAGCAGGACGAGCUGCCGCUGACACCUACCGGGAAGGUGGACAUUGCUAGUCUGGUCCGGAGCGUCCAAUCGCUAAGUGAAAAGGAGCUGAUUACACCUACGUCUUCCGUGGGCUCGACUCCGUCUUCUUGGGCAGCAGCAGCUGAUAUGUUCGAAUUCAAGCUCUUGGAAGCCGUUGCAGCAGCUCUUUCGCUCAGUCAAGCCUCUGUCGAUAUGAACGCGUCAUUCCAAGAACUCGGAGGCUCCUCUUUGGACGCAAUCAUCCUAGCCACCAAGUUGAGAGCCAUGGGCAUGAACGCCUCAGUUCCAGACAUCUUGCAAGCCGAGUCACUGCACCAGAUAAGCUCUGAGCAGCAGACUGUAGUCCAAGAGGAAAUCCCUGCUCCGUUCUCCUUACUCCCGGAGGGAGCUUCUUCAAGUCUCCCUGAAGGGCUUGAGGAUGCGUAUCCUGUCACUCCGCUACAAGAAGGCCUGAUUACAGACACUAUCAUGGGGAACGCCAAUUAUGUGUACCGUAGGGUGUACCAGAUCCAGGGCGUCACACCGGCCCAGGUACGUAGCGCUCUGGAGGUCGUCAUUGCCCAAAACACUAUCUUUCGGACGACCUUCAGUUCUUUCAAACGCGGCUUCGUACAACAUGUGCACCCGAAGGUUGACCUUCCGUGGACGACGGUCAAUGGAGUUGGCUUGGAACGCGCUCUUCAGAACAUGGCAGAGCAAGCCCUAGACCUGGACGGACCGCUUGUUCGGGCAGCGGUGCUAGAUAACGAACUGCUCGUGCUUGAAAUGCACCACGCCUUGUUUGAUUUCUGGUCCAGCCAGUUCCUUGUCACGGAUGCUAUAGCGGUUAUAAGAGGUGAACAGCCUGCCGUACGACCGCCCUUCAGCGCAUACGUCGCUUUUGUCAAGAGACACGAGAACAAGUCUGGAGCGCAGGAUUUCUGGCAGACGUACCUCGACUCAAGCCCAGGCGCUAUUCUGAACCUUCCUGCGUCGGACUCAGGCCCUUUUGUGCUGAGAGCAGGUUUUGGUGAUGCAUUGCAGCGCUUGAGCAAAGCGGCAGCCGUCACCCUGGCCACUGCCGUCCACGCAGCGUGGGCCAUGACUCUGGCCAAGUACUUAGAGUCGGAAGACGUCACGUUCCUAUCAGCAUUCUCUGGUCGCGAUGCCAACGUUGACGGUAUUCUUUCUCUGAAUGGUCCGACGCUGUGUAACGUCCCCAUCCGGAUAGCGGUGCCCAGAUCUACGACUUUCACAAAACAUGCGAAGCUCACGCAGAACAACUUGUGGAAUCUGUCACGUUACGCGCAUUCAGGGCUCCGAGCUGCUCUGUCCGUAGCAUCUCUCAAGCCGGAUUUUGCCAAUACCAUGGUGAACGUAUUGACAGCCACCCAUGUUCCCGUCAAAGACGGACCGCUCGUGCCGCUGAACGCGGAAACAGAGAACUUUACACAGUACAUAACACUGGAAUUGAACGAAGUUGAUCCGACUCGUGUCAAACUUCUUGUUCCAGCUUCUGUGGAUCGUGCCAGCGCUGCAGGUAUUCUGCAAACAUUCGCGGCUACGGUUCAGAAUGCAGCCGUAAAUCCAGAUGCAUUUAUAGGCGAAUUGCAGGAUCUUGAGCCUGCGCCUUUAUUCGGCCUCUCCCAUGCUGCUUUUGAAGAGCACGCCGCCACCAAUCCUCUAAAGAUCGCUAUUAUCGAGAGCAACGGGAAACACUGGACCUACGAAGAGCUAAAUUGCAAGGCCAACAAUUUUGCCAGGGCCCUUAUACAGCAAGGAGCCAAGCACGGAGAAAUAAUUCCGCUUUACAUGGACAAGUCGGCAUACACGCUUGUAGCAAUUCUCGGCAUCAUGAAAGCGGGUGCAGCAUUCACGCCCCUCGACCCACAGAAUCCACGCGACAGAAACUCAUUCAUCAUAAAAGAUGUGGACGCAGUCCGCAUCGUGACGGAUGCCCGCAACUGCCACGCGUGCAGCUUCUUCGGCCUGAAUAUCAUAGUUAUGGAAGAGACGGCCCUUGAUAAUGGUGGAGGGCAGCUUGUCGCAGUCCCGGAACUGACCCCUGACAGUACCGCAUACGCUAUAUUCACUUCGGGCUCGACCGGGCUGCCAAAGGGCGUCCUGGUUUCACACCGCUCUGUGACGGCUUCUACCGAAGGCAUGAUCGAAGCGACCGGAGUAACUGGGGAAUGGGUAUCUCUCUGGGCUCUGAACUACGUGUUCGAUGCGUCGUAUUACGACGUGUUCACCAUACUCUCCACAGGUGCUACCCUCUGCGUAGCCUCGCAAGAUGACAUUCUUUCCGAUCUGGCAGGCCAGAUCAACCAGAUGAAUGUCGAGCAAGUCAUGCUCACACCGACUAUUGUAAAGCUCAUCAGUGGAGGUGCAGCCGAGGUCCCGCGCUUGAAGGUUCUGAAUGUCUGCGGAGAGAAGAUUGACACGAACAUACUUGAAUGGGCUAAGCACUUAACUGUGUACAACGGGUAUGGCCCCACCGAAGCCACCAUCUUGAUGACUGUGUCGCAAGUCAUGCCCGACGGAGAUUUGAACAGCAUCGGACUACCACUAAAACACGCCACUGCCGUUAUUCUGCCUUCCAGUGGAGAAAGCCUAGAGAGGGUCCCCGAUGGACAGAUUGGCGAGUUGUGUGUGCGUGGGCCGCAUUUGGCGAAAGGGUACUUGAACCGGGCAGAACAAACUCGUUCUGUCUUCAUCCGCGACUUUGAUGGAGAGAUGCUUUACAGGACUGGCGAUAUUGCGCGGUGGGCAGAAGACGGAACGUUGAUUUGCCUCGGCCGAAAGGAUUAUCAGGUCAAGCUCAACGGUUUCCGCAUUGAGCUCGGUGAGAUCGAGAAUGCCAUCCUCCAUACAGGUUGUGUAGAUGCUGCUAUUGUCUCGGUGGCAGAAAUCAGGGGCAAAAGACAACUGGUGGCUUUCUGCAUCUUCAAAGGGGACCAUGAUCCCGAUAGGCAGAGCCUGAUUCCGCCGGAAAACAGGCUACAGACCUUCAACGAAGUCAUGGAGAAUCUAACGACGAUAUCUCACUAUAUGAUACCGUCUGUGUUCCUGCCUUUCGCAUCCUUUCCAACACUCUCAUCCGGAAAGGCAAACAGAAAAAAGCUUAUUGCGAUAGCCGAGGGGAUGCCAAAAAACGAGCUUGCCCGAUACUCUCUGCAAACUGAGAACACAAAAUCUUUUCAACCGGUGUCGACAACCGAAGAGCGCAUCUUACAGGAAGCCUGGAUGGUAGUUCUAGACCAACCAUCCGACUCCAUCGGAGCUCACUCAUCAUUCCUUGCCAUGGGUGGAGACUCGAUUGCCGCUAUCAACGUCGCAGCCGAAUGUCGACGGAGGUCAUACAAAAUAGCGGUCUCUCAAGUGCUAGCAUGUCCAACGCUAGGCGAACAAGCAAAGCACGUGGAGUGGAUUACCCAAAAGAAGGAAACCGCUAGACUCGGAUACACUAUUCCGGAGGCGGUUCUGUCGGCUGUACAAGAGGCCGGCUGUGAGGACAGUAUCGAGGACAUCUAUCCUUGCGGACCAGGACAAACCGAGUUCCUCACUCAGGGACACAAGAAGCACCAGUUCUGGAACUUGACUGCAUGCCGGGAACUCCCAAGCGACUUUGACCUCGGCUUAUGGAGAGAGGUUACUACGCAACUAACAGCUCGAAACCAAAUCCUCCGAACGUUCUAUUGCCUCGCCGACGAACACGAUGUUUCUUCGUGGUAUCAGGUCGUACUCAAAGAUCCGAUGCUUAACUGGGAGGAGAGACCAUACGAAUCAGAGUCUGAGAAGGCACGACUGAUGGAAGAACUCAGAGACAGCGAGUUUGAACUCGGCAAAGCCCACGUGAAGUACCGUGUGCUUCACUCAAUCACGGAUGGCUCCCGCACCCUCUGCAUCAAGCUUGAUCACGCAAGCUACGACGGCACGCUGCUCCGAAUCUUUCACGACCAGUUCAGCACUAUAGUUCGUGCUGAUAGUGAGUUACCUGCUCUCCGUCCGUUUAAAGACUUCGUCGACUGGACUUUUUCGGGAAGCCGGAGCUCCGACCUCGAAUACUGGCAGGAAAAACUCUCACCGCACACUCCGGCCGAUCACAUGUUUCCUGUCCACCCUGCAACCGACCGCCUCCGAUUCAGCCCCCUGCACGCUGACGUAGAUGGUAUCGCUAGCAAGUUCGGCGUUACAGCCUCUACUGUCUUGCAAGCAGUAUACGCCAUCGUUGCCGGCCAGCUCAUGCGCUCUCGGGACGUCGUCAUUGACAAUUUAAUCACGGGCCGGAAUGCCGACGUUGAGGACCCUCAGCUACUCAACGGCACGUGUGCCAAUUUCUUACCGCUACGCACACUUCUUCCGGCGAGCGAUAGCCCCUGUGUGAGUGUGGCGGCCUUCUUGGCUGACACCCAGGCUUCCUUCUGGGAGGCCUCCGAGCAUGGCAGAGUUGGCCUAGGUGAUAUCUACAAUCACAUGGGGCGCGACCGUCUUGUGCAUGCGGCUAAGCUACUGUUCUGCUUUCAACCCUUUGAUCCGACCCCAGCAGGUUCCAAGCCGAACCCCAUGAACUGGCUCGUUAUGGCUCAAAGCAAGGUAUUUAUGGUUGUCAAUUAUGCUCUCAUGGUCGAGGUGCAGAGGACACUUGAUGGCUACCGCCUCAAGCUACAGUGGGAUAGUAGCGGAUUGAGUGAUGAGCAACUAAGUCUCAUUGUCGGGCAUUUUAACCGCAUCUUGGAAGAACUUCUGCGCGGGGAC